UUUGCAUUUACCGGAUUACCGAGAAUACGAGAACAAAUCCAUUUCUUUUGGUAUACAAAUUCAAUGCAUUUCCUUCCAAGGUGUUUUUCUAUACGCGGUCUGACAUUGGCCCAUGACUAGUAAUAGCGUCAUACUUUUGCUAUAGUAAAUAUUGAACUCGAGAAUGGUUACCGGUACUAGUACUUUGAUUACGCCCUUGCACUGACUGAGCUUGGUGUUUCGAAGCAAGUUCUUGCUGCAGGAUCUGGCGAAUUAGAAGAAUAUCCAGAUGGAACUAAGCUUAUUUUUCAAUAUAAAACUCAAUUGUGUGAUGAGGAGAACACUACUAUUGAUGACAGUCGGAAGACAAAACCUAUGGAAAUCCUCGUUGGAAAGCAUUUUAAGUUGGAGAUUUGGGAAUCAUGUUUAAAAACAAUGCGUGUUAAUGAGGUUGCAAAAUUUUCAGUCCCAACAGAGCAUGUUACAGCUUAUCCUAGUGUGGCUCAAAAACUCAGAGAAUUUGCAACGGGAACUAAGAAGACCACAGAAGAGGAGCAGCACCGUUGCUGUGGCAUGGCACAGAUGAAAGCCCCAAGUACCGGUCAUGAUGACCUCAAUGAACUUGUACGUAAUCCACAACCAUUACAGUUCACCUUUGACCUGUUAAGCGUGCAGUAUCCCGGAGAAUAUAAAAAAGACACAUGGGCUAUGAACGAUGAAGAGAAAUUGAAUGCUUUGCCUCAUCUCAGGGAGGAAGGCAACCAGUUGUAUCAAGCGAAACAAUACGCUAAAGCGGAGGAGAAAUAUGCAGAAGCCCUAGGAUGCUUGGAGAACUUGUUGAUUCACGAACAACCAGGCAGCGAGCCUUGGUUCCGUCUGGAUAAAUUGAGAAUUCCGUUUCUAUUGAACUAUUCACAGUGCAAGCUAAUUAGUGAGGAUUAUCCUGCUGUUAUUGAGCACACCACCUCAGUUCUCGCAAAGGAUCAGAUCAAUGUGAAGGCACUGUUCAGAAGAGGCAAGGCAUACUUUGCAUGUUGGUGUUUUGAGGAAGCUGAAAAAGACUUUAUGCGUGCGGCUGAGCUAGAUCCAAGUUUGGCAGCAGCCGUAAAAAAAGAACUGAAAAACAUUGAAAUAAGGCAGAAGCAGAAAGACGUGGAGGAUAAAGAAAAACUGAAGAACCUUUUUAUCAAGUAAUGACAGUUAUGAAAAGAAAAUAUUUCUGUAUUGCAUGUAGCUGUUCAAAAUUUGUGUAUAUAUAAACAGUAGAUAUAUUUAUCAGCCACCUAAUGUUUAGCUGUUGAUAUCCUAGGCCCUCCAUUUGACCUACAGUAGCCUAAAUUUCACAGCAGAUUUCUGUGCUAUCAGAUAUUGUUUGAUCAAACAUUUUCUGUUGAUUCAGACAGGCAAAUAUUUGAUACAGUAGAACACCUAAAUCUGUGUUCACACUUUCAAAGUUUAUGUGACAAAUUUGUGUGAAUUGCCCAUAUUUGGGUAUGGCAGAUGACAGGUAUUUUGUCACAUAGAAUUUAGUAGUGUGAAUACAACUCAACGUUACAUUUUUAUGUUUUAAAAAAUCAUUUUAGAACUAGCUUUAAGGUUUACUUAUGUACUUUUUUUGGUGCUAUGUUGAAAUUUAGCUAAAUGUGGGAAAGCAUAUCUUUUUCCAUUAGAUAAGUUGAUAUUUUUGGUGAUGAAAUACCAGUUUUAUUUUCUCCAAAGCAUGGGAAAUUCUUGUCAUUGUAUUUGUCCAUUUUUUAUCUAUAUUUAAUAAUAUCCCUGUCAGGCCUGAUCCCUGUUUUAUAUGUCCUUGUGUGUACACAGUAGUAGAUUAAGUCCAAAAGUGUAAAUAGAAAAAGAAAAGGGUGAUGUUUAAUGCAUUAGUAGGCUAUGUGCAUGAUAUUAAUAUGGAUUUCUUGUCAAAAAUGGUACCAAAUUUGUAGGACCAUAACUGCAUGUGGAAACCUUAUCAUUAAAUGCCUUGGACAUACAAUAUAAUACAACAGAAACAAAAUUCUGUGAGGCAGGAUUGGCAACAUGCUAUGCUGUAAAGUGAGUGACAGUCAAAGUGGCUCUUCGCAAAAAACUAAAUAAAUUUACAAUCGAUAUUUUAAAAUGAGCUAAAAAUUAAAAAAAAAAACUUUUAAAAUUUAGAGUGUAAUGUAUUUUGAAAUAAAUCAGGAAAAUAUUUGGUACUAAUGAAAUUUUGUACUCUAUCUUCGAUGAGGAGCUGUAGAAACAAUGACAAGCUGAUUGAUUAAUAGUUGAUUGUUCAAUAGAUAUUUUUUUAGUCCUACUGCCUCUGUUCACUGCCCUUAUGAGGCUGAUUGAUUAAUACUGUAGUUGAUUUUUUUACGAAGAGUUCUAAACAAUGUUUACUUGUAGUUUGUGAUUUUGAGUGUUUAAAAAGCUACGAUUUGUGGUAAAUUCUGAAUGAAGUACAGUAGUAUUGUAGGAUACUGUUUGGAACUCCCACUUUUCUGGAAGAUUUAAGAAGAGUACUAAAUACUGUAGUGCCAAAUAUUUUUAGGCAUAAAUAUUAAAAAUAUGAACCUGAAUUUUGGUGAAAAUUAGUUUUCAUAAUUUUAUAUUAUUGUACAAAGUUCAAUACUAUAUUAUAUGCCUAUUGUUUUGUAUCUUUUGUGACUGACUAUGUGUUAGUCAAAAACUGUUUUAGGUUUUUACAUUCUACUGUAAAUCCCAUAGAACCAUCUUUGAAGCCAUUUUCAUGCAUGUAUAUCUCAACUUUAUAGAACACAAUUUGAAUUAUAAAAUAAAUGUGAUAUUACUGUAUGUAAAUUAA